CACCUACCACUAUUGCCACUAGGAAUGGUAGGUAGAGAGCAGGAUAUACAGUUUAACUGGUUUACACUCCCAAAAGCUAAAACAAAAAGUUAGACAACCCCUCCCCUAUUGAGCAAGAGAGUCUCUAGGAAACAGUGCUUAUGCCUGGAACCUUCGCCGCUCCUGCUAUAUAGGUUACGUUUUGCCUUCACCUUUCCUCACAAAUUAAACUUUUCUUCGGUUCGCUCUUUUUCGUUUGCCCGAGAAGCUUUGUGUGUUUUUUUAAACACUAAGCUAAAUAAGUAUCUAUAUUCGCUUGUCAUGGAUCAACCACCAUCGUAUCAGCCAGAGUUUGUCCCAAUGAACGGAAAUAAGUACAUGCGUCUUGAAGACCCUCACGGAGCGCCCAAGUUCCAACAUACCGUCAUCUUGGGACAGCCCCAGCCCGUUGUGCCUCAGCCCAGAGAUCACAUUAUCUGGUCACUUUGCAGCCUCGUGUACGGCAACCCAUUAUGUCUCGGAAUGUUAGCGGUGUAUUUCUCCAUAAAGUCCAGGGACAGGAAGAUGGUUGGAGACUUGGAGGGAGCAAGAAAACAUGGGAAGACUGCACACUGUUUUAAUGUUGUGACCCUGACCCUGGUCAUCCUCGGGCUGCUCUUCCUCUUCAUCAUCUAUGGUUUCUUCAUCUACAGAAUCUCACACUUGUAGUGUAGUUCCAGUCUUUGCUUUUGUCAAAAGUGUCUUUCCAGAUGUUUACACACCUCUCUAGGAUUGUGUCCUGAUACAUUUCUCUUACACACACACACACACACACACCACAGGAUUUCCUUCAGCACUGUGUACCAGAUGUUAUUUGCACUUCUUUAGUUUAGUGUUUUAGAGAUGCAAGAUGAUUCUGUUGAAGUUACAUUCAAAUGUAAUUUUCAUCAAUAAAUAUACGUUUUGUAAAUGCA